AUGAAGAUUGUAUUUGUAUCAUUUUUCAUAUUCCUGGCUGUGUCAGUCUGUACAACUGAUGGCUUAACCUGUGAGGAGGAAAAAGCCUUACUGAAGCCAUGCUUAGAUUAUCUAACCAAGAACACCGAUUCCCCUUCAACUUCUUGCUGCGAUGGGUUGAAACAAAUAAUAUCUUCAACACCUACAAAGGAAGAAAAGAUUGCUGCAUUCUGUACAACUGAUGGCUUAACCUGUGAGGAGGAAAAAGCCUUACUGAAGCCAUGCUUAGAUUAUCUAACCAAGAACACCGAUUCCCCUUCAACUUCUUGCUGCGAUGGGUUGAAACAAAUAAUAUCUUCAACACCUACAAAGGAAGAAAAGAUUGCUGCAUGUAAGUGCCUAGAGGAAUCAGGCUCUGACGUUCCUAACCUAGACAAAGACAGAGCCAAUAAUCUUCGCAAAGAGUGCAAAAUCAAUGUCUAUAAUUUCAUGUCCGAUGACUCUGAUUGCGAAAAGUAA